UCUGGUGGAUCAGAAGACUUUUCUUUACUAUGACUGUGGCAGUGCCAAGGCCAAACCCACGGACGUCCUUGGGGGGAAGGUGAAGAGCACCAGGAUCUGGGAAGAGCAGUUAGAAACGCUGGCAGAUUUGGGCAACAGGUUCAAACAGGAACUGCUUGACGUUAAACUAGAGAACUGUACAUCCCCAGCUCCCCUCAUGCUGCAGGCCAUCAUGACCUGUCACCAGAGAGCUGGUAGACACUUCAGUGGGGCCUGGCAGUUUCAGUGCAAUGGACAGACUUCAUUCCAUGUUGACUGGAACCAAAGAAAGUGGACAGAGGUCUCUCCCGGAUCGAGGUGCAUGAAGAAGUGGAAGAAUGACAGGGAGCUGUGCCUCUUCUUAUACCGGACAUCAAUGGAGGACUGUGGGACAUGGUUGAGUUUAUGGAACACUGGAAGGAAAGUCUCGAGACCAGAGCACCAGCCACCACCCCAGCUGUAGCAGGAUCUAGUUCCAAGGCCACCAUGCUGAACCCCUGCUCCCUGCUGCUGAUCCUGUCCUGCUC